AUGACUAUCUCAAGGAGUCCUUACCUCAAGGAAUGCAGUGAAAUGGCCAAUAUGACUCCCUAUCUUGAAGAACUCAGUGAAAUGACCACUAUGACUCCCUAUCUUGAAGAACUCAGUGAAAUGGCAACUAUGACUCCCUAUCUUGAAGAACUCAGUGAAAUGACCACUAUGACUCCCUAUCUUGAAGAACUCAGUGGUGGCUCCAGAACUUUCAACAAUAGUUUUAAUUCUAGUUUUGGUGGAGGGACAAGAGGAGGAAAUGGUGAAGGUGCGAAUCCAAAGAAGAGAAAGAAAAUAACAUGUGGUUUGUGUCAUGAAGAAGCUCCUACGUGUCAGCGAAAUUGGACAUACAAAAAUAACAAAAUGAGCUGGUUUGACAGCUCUAAAGUGACCAGUUUUGCAAAGUCUGCGCUCAGCAAUGCCCAGAAAUCCAUCGAUCGGGUUCUUGACAUCCAGGAAGAGGAAAGAGCUAAACAACAAAAGCUUCUUGCAGCUUUGGCAUCUCAAAAUAAAACAGGAGUUCACGCCACCAAACCAGCUGUUACUGUCAGUAUUAAUUCCACUGUUGAAUCACCCGAUAAAGAUCAGGUAGUUGCUGCUCCGGUUGAAAAGUUAGAUGAUCCUAAAAAUGAUAAUAAAAACGAAGAUGAUCAUAAAAAUAUUGAUGGUUGUGAUGAAGAUGAGCAAGAUAACAAAUCUGGUAGAAGAUCCAAUGUACCAGAAACUAUAGAGUCAUCUUCCCUUAGUAGAAGUACCAGGACAUCCAAAUCCCAAGUUUUAUCUGGUGAUGGGGAAAGUUUCUGGGGAGCUUUUCUCACUGGAUCUGAGGAAGAUAAAAGAUUAGAAAAGAAAUAUGGAAAGCCUCAACUUUCUGCAUCAAGUGUUCCCCGUAAAGUUGAACUGUCUACAAAGCGGUUGGGUGGGGUUACUUCCAUGAACAAAACUAAAAAAACAGAACUUCUAAUUGAUAACAGUUCUGAACAUGUUUCUGAUGUCCCAGUGAAGGGGCGGGAUAGUAAUGUGCAAAAUGUUGACACAAAUGUUGAUAAAAACAUUGAACAAUCCUUGAACAAAAAAAGUGUAAUAAAGUCAGAAAAUGAAUAUGAAGGUUCUCCGAAGGAGGAUGAAAUCUUGCGGAAAUCUACUGAGCUGGAGGAUGAUGAGAAGAUCACUGAAGAUAUGUGCCAGUCUAAAGAAUCAACAGACAGUUCAAAAGACUCAACAGAUGGUUUUGUGAAAGUUGAUGAUAAAGAAAGUUUUGAUGAAGCUGCAAUUAAGACUAGUGCUGAUGAAAUAAGUACGGAAGAAUCUGUACAAAAAACAGAUUUGUCUGAUGAUGAGGUAGUUAUGGUGGCGCGGAAUGUUGUUGGGACUGAUGAUUCAAUGAAACCCAGUAAGACAGAAGGGGGCAUGAGAGGAGAGGAAAGGACUAAAAAGGAAGUUGAGAUGGAAAAGCAUGACAAGGUGGAUAUCAAAGAGCAAGUGCAUGAAGGAGAUUCCAAGUCUGAGUAUUCCUCAGAAGGCCAUGUAACGGAUGAUCAAUCAUCUUUCAGAAGUGAUAGCGACUUUGUUGUGAUCAGUGACCUGAAUGGCAGUGCACCAUCCUCAACAAAUGUAAGUAGAAGCUCACCAGAAAGUUCUUCUCCAAGGCACUAUCCUUUGUGCCAGGGUAAUGGGAAACAAAGUCCUUCUGAUAGUGAUUUUAGUAUUAUAUCAGAAGAAAAAGCACAGGAGAAUGUUCAGUUUGAUGCUAGCAGCAAUACGGAUAUCCCUGCAAUGUUAGCUGAUGCUUCCUUGAAUUUAUCACAGAGAACCUCCCCUACUGACACCACGGGUAGUGAGGUGCAUAAAUACAGUAGCAGUGGUGAGGAAGGUAGUCUGAAAGAGUCUGCAGAUGAUGAGUAUGAGGAUGGAGAUGGGGACGUUGAAGUCCAAGUGGAUGAACUAGAUAAAACUUUAACAGAGACUGCCAUGAAAAGCGAGAUGUGUCAUGAAGACACAAUGACUGCAUCGCUGGAAGACAGCAGUGCCAGUGUGGAAUCAGUUAAAGAAGUUGAAUCAGCGACAAAUGAAAAUGUGCAUGUGGAAGAUGACAAUCUUCCAGAAUCUGUCACUGACAUUAAAGUUGAACAAGUCACUGAUGCAAAAGUGGACAAUAAUACAAAAAACAAAGAGGAAAGGACAUUUAAUCCUGAAGAUGCUGUCCAAGCGGAAAAACUUUUAAAG